CAAAAUUGCCAAAGGGGUGGAGGAACCGUAAAAAAAAUCCUGAACCGACCAAACGGAAGGCGAAAAUAUCAUGUCAACAAAAGGCACCAUUUUUGGUUUUUGGUUUCGUGUUUAAGAUACCAACGAUUCUUCUCACCAAAUUUGUUCAAGAAAACUCCGGCAUUUGCUUGUUUUAAUAUCUUGCUUCGGAUCGAUUAUUUCUGAACGAUUUGUCAAGAUUUUGAGUUAUUAGCCACCUAGUUCCAACGAGCUUCAAUACUGGAGCAAGGCUAAAAUUAGAAUGUGCUGAAGAUGAUAAGCCGUUAACUCAUGACGUUGAUAGAUAAGAAUCAUCGCUUGAUUUAUGGACACUAGAACUUCGAAGUUAGAGGAAUCAACCUCCUCAAUAAUGGCACCAAAUAAUACUUAUAGGAACGGAAGGCUUAUCCCACAAAUAUUUACUUCAGUGCCAGCUCUCAAUGGAGCUGUUUCUUAUCUGGCGGAAACAACUUCUUACAUAACCAGUUGUUUGCCUGAUUUUUCUGACCAUAGCACAAGGGCCGAUGGUAAUAGAGAAGCGCAGGAAAGAAUGCAUUUGGUCUCUGAACAAAUGUCAGGAUUACCUUCCGCGGGUCAUGUUUAUUCAAAUAAAACACAGGACAGUGAUUUAGGAUAUUCUGCUUCGGUAAAUACAACUGAGGACCCAAUAUUAAAUGUUGCUGAAAGUAAAGAUGCAGCAGAUGUAUCGUCACAUAAUGCUGGUGAUUUAGUGCCAUCUACAAGUACGACUGGAAUUUCUCUCUUUCAAGGAUUGGUUGAAAAGGCACGAAGAACUGUUCGUGGGUCUGCCGAUGAUAUUGGUUGGCUUCAACGUGAUCCACAUAUGCCUCCCGUGGAAGAUGGAACUAUUAGAUUUAUGGAAAUUCUUGACAGCAUCAGGCAUGGUGUCCACAGGCUUCCGAAGUCAAUGAUUUAUUUAUUGAUUCCAGGUCUUUUCAGUAACCAUGGACCACUCUAUUUCACAAACACAAAAGCUUGCUUCUCAAAGAUGGGUUUAGCAUGUCAUAUUGCCAAGAUUCAUAGUGAGGCUUCAGUAGAGAGAAAUGCCAAAGUUUUAAAAGAAUACAUUGAGGAGAUUUAUUGGGGUUCUAACAAACGUGUCAUGCUGCUUGGUCAUAGCAAAGGAGGAGUAGAUGCUGCUGCGGCUUUGUCUAUGUAUUGGCCUGAACUGAAGGAUAAAGUUGCUGGCUUAGCAUUAGCUCAAAGUCCAUAUGGUGGUAGCCCAAUAGCUUCAGAUAUUUUGCGGCCAGGACAGCUUGGUGAUUAUGUCAAUGCACGUAAACUCAUGGAGAUUUUGAUUUGUAAAGUAAUUAAAGGUGAUUUACAAGCUUUAGAGGACUUGACAUAUGAGAAAAGACGGGAAUUCUUGAGGAAAUAUCCCUUGCCCACAGAGUUGCCUGUUGUAUCGUAUCACACACAGGCUAAUCUCUCUCCUGCUGUACUCGCAACGUUAUCUCAUGUGGCACAUGCGGAGUUAGGUCAGUCUGCUAAACUUCCAGUGAUGAUACCACUUGGUGCUGCCAUGGCUGCUAGUGCCCAGCUUCUUCAGGUGAGGUAUGGAGAGAAGAGCGAUGGCCUUGUGACCUGUCGUGAUGCUGAAGUCCCUGGCUCGGUGGUAGUCCGCCCAGAAAGAAAGUUAGACCAUGCUUGGAUGGUUUACUCUUCAUCAAAUGAUGACCCAUCUGAAGCAAAUGCUUCACAGGUCUGUGAAGCUCUUUUACAGCUGCUUAUGGAAGUUGGGAAUGCACAGCAAAUAUCUUUCUCCAAAUGAUGAAAGAGUUAAUUUGGUUUUUUAACUGUUAUUUAUUUAUGAAGAUGUAGGAUGCUCUUGAUAUUGGUUCGUCCUUACGCAAAUUCAUUAUUGUAAAUAAUGUAUUUGAUAGGUAAAAUUUGCAAACUUGAUACUAGUGUUUAGAUCUAUCAGUUUGUCUUCCCAUUGGUGACA